CUAGGCAUGUAUCUGAGUGGUUUCCCCAUUGUUUUCCAAGAGAAAACCCAUUCUUUAGCGAUAGAUCGGAACAAAUGGCAAUCUGGGUGAAACCUGAAUCACUCUUUGCUCCAACUGAGCACUAAAGAGUGGUGGAAAGCAGCAGGGAGUAUGAAUAAGCCCUCAGUCAAAAAACCCUCAUGACCUUCCCCAUAUUGUGUUGGGGACUGAGUGGGGAGCGGGCAUGAUGACACUGGGGGCGAGGCUAGCCUGAAUGCCCUGCCCCACCCCACACUCUUACCAUUCACAUGUUCAGGUAACACUUACAGCUGAAGUCCUGGAGAAAGAAUCUCCAGGGCUGUCAAGUCUACUGUAAAGCAUUAUCUGGCAGACCAAUGACAUAUUGCAGACAGCUAAAGAGACGCCCACAUGUAGAAGCUGCAGAUAAUUCUCCAAAUCCACCCAGGCCUUUUCAAAGCUGUCUCUGCCAGCUGAGCAUCUAAGUUUAUGAGGAUGCAUGGGGGUUAGUCAGACCUCCCUACGAUCGCCACAAAUUCAGGGCCCACGUGUUUUGCUGCUCUCUGCAAAGUUCUCGCUUUGUUUUCUCACGAGUAAAUGUGGGGAGAUCUUAAAUGAUGUCAACAGCUUAAACAAAUUCCAUGGUGUGUUUCUACAGCAUGAAAUCUUCUUUGCCCCAUGCAGCGCAAACACCAAAUGCAGGGUUGACUGUGGGAACUGUUUUAUAUGCCAUGUUACUGUUGGUCUGGCAUUUUAACGCUGCGGAAAGAGGCAGCAGUGACAUCAUCCCUGGCGCCAGCCGUGCAGUUUGAUGAGAUCCACUUGAGCCGUACCACCAAGUGAUUUGAUCGGAAUAAGAAUGGGUUUGUUAGGUUUUUCUGUAUCCUGUUGGAAGCCUUUGGUGUGUAACCUGGAAACGAUAAUUUCCUUGAGCAAGCAGUCCCAAUGAUGGCAGACAGUGAGUGUGGAGUAGUGGCUAGGGUCUUGGGAGACCAGGGUUCAAAUCCUCACUCAGCCUUGAGGCCUACUGCGUGGCUUUGAGCCAGUCUUUGUCUCUCAAGCCUGACCUACCUCACAGGGUUGUUGUGAGGAAUAAAUCGAGAGGGAGAUAGGUGUUUGCUUCACCUUGAGCUCCUUGGAGGAAAGGGAUGGGCAUAAAUGUGCUAAUUAAAUAAUAAGAAUGAAAAUGCGACCAGCCUGCCAGAAAAUAGGUAUGUCCAUCUAACAUGUAUACAAAUCAGUAGCAUGCAGUAGCAUACAAAUCUGUAGGUACAUCUAUCUUUUCCAUGGCUAGAAUGUAACCCACUCUACAAGGGGGUUAGAGCAGCAUCCCCUGACCCCACUCAGCUUGGCAUGUGGCCCCCAGAUGGUUUCCCAGCUGACAGUGCGGCCCUCAAACUGAAUAAAAGUCCCCCCACAGCCGUUUUAAGGAAUGCAUCACACACAUCAAGGGCCACCUUACCUGUGUUCUCCUAGCUGGGUCACGAAAACAUUUCCUGGCCCGUUUUCCACCUGCAGAAAGUAUUUGGGAUCAUGGUCCCUUGUCAUCAUCAGAAAAGUCAUGUUUCUUUAGGAAGGAAGGGAGGGGGGUUGUGGAAAUGCUUCCCCCUCCACUUUUCUGCAGGAAUCCUGUGUACUGUCAUGCACAGCAGUUUCAUCCCCUGGGAAAUUGGUCAAGAGGAGAAAGAAGUGUCCAGUUUGACUCUGUUUGUCUAAAGCUUAUCUCGGCACGACCAAAUGAGCCCGACGGUGCUGCUUUCGCUGCAUCGACAGAGACAGACGUGUAUGAGCAGCAAACCCAGAUCUAAUUGCAAAGCUGGAAGCGCAGGGCUCAGCGUGGCAGGUGAGCUUUCUGGGUUGCUACUUCAGUUACCUUUCCGCCUGCUGCUGCUUCCAGUGUCCCCCUGGCAACCCCAGCACACAGUGCGGAUCAAGGCCUCGAGUGCCCAGGGAGAACUGUCCUUGUGUUUCCCUGGGGAGUGAUCUCUCUCUCUCUCUCUCUCUCUCUCUCUCUCCCCCUCUCUCCCCAGCACAGCUGUAAACAGAACAGCGCAAACACUGCAUGAAAUAUACUCGGAGUCGAGAGUGGAUUUCAUGCUCUUUAUUCAGCUCAUAGUGGUGAGGAGGAAAAAUGUUCCCCCAGAAUAUCUGCUUUAUAUACAUUACAGUGGUACGCUUCAGGUUACAUACGCUUCAGGUUACAGACUCCGCUAACCCAGAAAUAUUACCUCGGGUUAAGAACUUUGCUUCAGGAUGAGAACAGAAAUCGUGCUCCGGUGGUGCAGCAGCAGCGGGAGGCCCCAUUGGCUAAAGUGGUGCUUCAGGUUAAGAACAGUUUCAGGUUAAGAACAGACCUCCGGAACGAAUUAAGUACUUAACCUGAGGUACCACUGCAUUUGCACAAUGGGCUGCACGUGAUUGGCUAAUUCCAGGAUUCUCCUGUAGGCCAAUCAGGUUGUGGAUUCAUUUCCACCUGGAGCUGGAUUGGGUGGCUCCUGUGGACCAAUCAUACUGCUGCAUUGUUCUAGUACCAAUCAGACUGCUGCAUUCUGAAUCCUAUUGUUCUAGGACCAAUCAGACUGCUGCAUUUUGGAGCCUAUUGUUCUAGGACCAAUCAGACUGCUGCAUUUUGGAUCAUAACACUGCAGCAGCCUCUUUGCUAAAUCGCUUUGGUUGAAGAUAGUUUUUGUCUGCCUGCUCACAAGUAUAGCAUGAAACAAGGCAUAGUAUUUGUUUGUUCAUUUAGAACAGUGUUUUCCAAUAUUUGUGUCGCCAUUUGUUUUUGGACUACAGUUCCCAUCAUCCCUGACCAUUCGUCUUGCUAGUUAGGGAUGAUGAUAGUCCUCUGGGUAUAGGGCAGUAUAUAAAUUCAAUUAGAUAGAUGACAGAUAGAUAGAUAGAUAGAUAGAUAGAUAGAUAGAUGAUAGCAGCACAUGUGAAAAGGAUCUAGGGGUCUUGGUGGACCAGAAGCUUAACAUGAGUCCACAGUGUGAUGCAGCAACGAAAAAAGCUAAUGCUCUUCUAGGCUGCAUCAACAAAAGUAUAGUGUCCAAGGACUCAGCUACAUUAGUAAAAAAGAAAAAGAAGCAUAAAUGCAUAAAUAACAUUGUGACACAAGAUUGCACUGUAGAGUUCGAUCUUUGGCAAUGUGAUUUUGCAUUACUGUACAGUGAAACCUCAGUUGUCGAACAUAAUCUGUUCCUGUUGUAAACAAAAGCCCAUUCGGCUUCCGAAAUGUUCGACAACUGAGGUACAGCUUCCUAUUGGUUGCAGGAAUUUCCUGCACGCAAGCGGAAGCCGUGUUGGACAUCCAGCUUCCGAAAAACAUUCAGAAACCGGAGCAUUUACUUCCGGGUUUUCGGCAUUUGGGAGCUGAAACAUUCCAAAACAGAGGCGUUCGGGAACUGAGUCUUGACUGUAUGAGAUUUACAAAGCGUUUUCCUAAAACAUUUUUUUGAUGUGUCUAGAUCCAGCCCAGAUCAAGGGAAGUAAUAGUACCACUCUAUACUGCCUCAGUCAGACCACACCUUGAGUACCGUGUCCGCUUCUGGGCACCACAAUUUAAGAAGGAUGUUGACAAACUGGAACAUGUGCAGAGGAGGGCAACCAAGAUGACCAAGGGACUGGAAACCAAGCUUUAUGAGUAACAGUUGAAGGAACUGGGUCUGUUUAGCUUGGGAAAGAGGAGUCUAAGAGGAGCUAUGAUAACUAUCUUCAAAUAUCUGAAGGGCUGUCACAUGGAAGAUGGAGCAAGCUUGUUUUCUGCUGCUCUGGAGGGUAGGACUCGAACCAAUGGAUUCAAGUUACAAGAAAGGAGAGUUUGGCUAAACAUCAGGAGGAUCUUUCUGACAUAACUGGCCAAACAAUCUGAAUAGUUGUGCAAUGGGUCACCUACACCUGGAGAAAUUGUGCAGUUGUUCUAUUGUGUUAAGGGGGGGAAAACAACAUUUUCUGAGUUCAGAUGGGGAUGGGAGUGGAAUCUGAACAGAGAAAAUAUGGGAGCAGGAUGUUAUGUUCAUGAUAUCACGCAGAUGCCCUGUAAAAAAGUGAGUGAGCAAACUGUGGUUAUUCUACAGUAAAUGUGCAGUGUGGAAGCAGCUCCUGUUUCAGAGUACUGUUUUCAGGAUAGGGUUACCAACUGGUCUGGAGCAAAUUUAGAACAGAUCCCGUGUCAUUCUCCAUUGAAUCACAGGCUUAAAAUAGAAAGCUCAGGCAAGGGUCCCAGGGAGGGUAUUCUGAAGUUAGGGUGCCACCAUGGAAAAGGCCUUGCCCCAAGGUUAGGAGGAAGCAAAGAAACUUAUUUUGAGUAUUGGUUGGCUUUCAUUUCAUGAUCUGAAAUAGAUAAUAGAUACUUUUGCAUAUAUAUUUUUUCAAUCACUGAUUUUAGGACUUCUGCAGUUCAAAAAUUUGGCUGUUGUCUGCUGCUUGGAAAAAUACUGAAAUGUUUAUGUGUGUGUACAUAUAUAAUGGCCAUAUAAUAGUUUAUUUAUCAGUCAUCAUCAUCAUUUUAUUUGUAUGUCACCUUUCCAUAAUCAAAAGCAUGCUCAAGGUGGCUUACAACAUGUAAAAAAUUACAUAAUACCCCCACCUCCUUCAAAAUUUUGUGUAGGCUUUAUUUUAUUUGUUAACGGCAGGUGCUUUUUUGUCCUUUAGUUAAAAUUGCUUAAAAUGAUCUGUACUAGUUGCUAGAAAUAGAGAGAGAUCAUCCAAAACAGAUCAAGCAUAAGAUAACUUGUUCUACUCGUUUGUUGGAUUGUCUCUGUUCAGUCUUCCCCGCAUACCUUUGACCUCUAUUAUUGCAGUAAAGUUUGUUUAUCACACUAUUUGAUAUAAUACAGGAGCCUGCCACAUUUGUCAAAUAUAUGACUAUUUUUAACCGAGUUAAAUGCUACACGCUCUUAUGGUAUGUUGUGCAACAGAUAUCCUCUCGUGUCAUCUGACAUUUUGCCCAGACACUUGUGCUAAAUUUAGCUUCUCAGGAGGGAUGCAAGACAAAUGAAUAAAUGUCAGUUUUUCGAAACAAGAUUGUGGCAUGGGAGGGUUUGAUUUCUUGAAGAGAAAUGUCAAAGAACUAAUAGCUGUUUCAAUCAUUGCAU